AUGUCACUGCGCCCCAGCGCAUCCCUGCACGCCUCGCACACACACACACCCUUCAAAACCGGAACCGCCGCCCCGCGACCGCCAACCGCCAUCAACCGCCGCCAGGUCAUCGCGGCCACCAACCGCGCGGACAUCCUUGACCCCGCUCUACUGCGGUCCGGGCGGCUGGACAGGAAGAUCGAGUUCCCCCACCCCACAGAGGACGCGCGCGCCAAGAUCAUCCGGAUUCACAGCCGCAAGAUGAACGUGGGCUCUGACGUGAACUUUGAGGAGCUGGCGCGCAGCUCGGACGACUUCAACGCGGCGCAGGCGCUGCGCUCGCUCGACUGCGGCUCCCAGGGGCACUUGGUCUUGCUCAAGGCCGUGUGCGUGGAGGCGGGCAUGCUGGCGCUGCGGCGGGACGGCACCGAGGUCAACCACGAAGACUUCGUGGAGGGCAUCGGCGCGGUCAGCGCCAAGAAGAAGAUCACGAAGAACUACUACAGCUGA